UUCGAUCAGCGCCUCUUGGAUCAACGGUUCGGGGUCCUUGGGCUUCUCCGGGAUGAUGCCAUGCUUGCGGAGGAUAUCAUUCCUGCGGGGGUGGGUGAGCCAUGCGGUUGAGGGAAUGGUGGUCGGAGAGCUGCUGACCAUUCGGUAUCCUCAUUGGGAUUGACUUCGACUUGCAUUGUGAAUAUUGCGUUCCAAUGUAUCUGAAGAACAGGUUAACACGAUUCAACAAGUGAAAUGACAUAUGUUGGAGGGGCAUAUCUCAAUGCCGCAUGUUUGGAGUGUUUGCACCCAACGGGGGAGACGGACAGCAGCCACACCGCCCUGUGGCUCAGCCACCCACAGAAACGCGGAAGGCCACCUGGAGAUUGUGUUGGCCGCCGGGCAGGAACGAGGAGGAGCUGCCGCUGUUGGCUGCUGCUGGCUGUUACUUACGGGUACUACUACUACUACUACUACUGCUGCUGCUGCUGCUGCUUCCAGUCUGGCCCCAAAACAUCCUCCACCUCCUCCACCCAUCUGCCCUCUCAAUUGUCCCUGUUGCUUUGCGACUUCUCCCUCGGGACGGGCUCCACUUGCUGAUAGCUUUCUUUUCAGCUUCUUCAUUUCUGUCUCUUCUUUCCUCCUUGGAAGGAUAAUGAGGGCGCCGUAGUGCUUAAUCCACCGCCUGCACAACGUCCGAACCGUCAUACGAAACCCGCCCUUAAUCAAAGCCACCAUUGAUUGAUCCAUCCUUCCACAUCCCCCCCCCCACU